AUACUCCAAUUACGACAUUACGUUACUCGACAUUCGCUGAACCCAUUUUCAUUUUUCACUCCCCCAAACACGCCACCAAACCAAGAAGAAGAAGAAGAGGAAGAAGAAGCGGAACCAGCAGCAGAAGCAGAAGCCGAAAAAGCACAAGCAGAAAAAGUUGGAAGUAAAGCCACAAGAAAAUGGGAACUCCAAAGGUCUGAACUCUGAAGUCUGAACCCCUCUAUCUUCCCGCUCCACCACAAAAGCCCUUUUCCCCUUCAUCUCCUUCCGUCAGUUUCAAAACCCUAACCCUUACAAGAGAAGACUCAGAUGGCCGCCACCGUUGACGGCGAGGACCGCGUCAUGGCCACCGCCCAGCAGAUCGUCAAGAGCCUCAACACCUCCAAGGACGUCACCGACGAUAUGAUCCUCAUCUUCUCCAGCUUUGACAACCGCCUCUCUAAUAUAUCCACUCUCAUAUCCGGCGACGCCGCCUCCAAGCACGACCUCUUUGUUGCCGCCGAGAAGGUCAUUCUCCGUUGGGACGCCGCCCCGGAAGACUCCUCCCGCCACUGGGAGGACUCCCCCGACGACGCCGCCGAGUACCUCUCCGCCGUAGACGACAUCCUCCGCCUCACCGAAGACCUUUCGAUUAACUCCGACGCCGCCGGCGAGAUCGCGGAUCGCGCCGAGACGGCGCUCCAGCUCGCGAUGUCGCGGCUCGAGGACGAGUUCCGGCUUGUUUUGGUUCGGAACACGGUGCCGCUCGAUGCCGACCGACUGUACGGCUCGAUCCGGAGGGUUUCGCUGUCGUUCGCAGCGAACGAUGGGGAGAUCGAGGAUUUCGAGAGCUUUGCCGACAAUGAUCAGGACGUUUGUUAUCACGAGAGGGGCGGAAGUUUGGGGGACGAUGUGUGUGUCGAUUUGGUGCAUCCUGACGCUGUGACGGAACUGAGGGAGAUAGCCGACAGGAUGAUUAGGUCUGGAUACGAGAAGGAGUGCUGUCAGGUUUACAGCAGCGUUCGUCGCGAUGUUUUGGACGAGUGCUUAUCGAUUCUCGGUGUGGAGAAGCUAAGCAUUGAGGAGAUUCAGAAGAUCGAGUGGAGGACCUUGGAUGAGAAGAUGAAGAAGUGGAUUCAGGCCGUGAAGGUCGCGGUUAGGGUUCUUUUGUCCGGCGAGAAACGGCUUUGUGAUCAAGUGUUCAAUGGAUCGGAACUAAUAAAAGAGGUCUGCUUUACUGAGACUUCGAAGGGAUGUGUGAUGCAGUUGUUGAAUUUUGGUGAGGCUGUCGCGAUGGGGCGGCGAUCAUCUGAGAAACUGUUUCGGAUACUUGACAUGUAUGACGCAUUGGCGGAUGUGUUGCCGGAGCUGCAAGCUUUGUUUAUAGAUGAGUCUGGGGAAGUGUGUGGGGAGGCACGAGGAGUACUGUCCCGACUAGGGGAGGCAGCCAGAGGCACUUUUGUAGAGUUUGAGAAUGCAGUUCGGGGUGAGACAUCCCGAAAACCAAUUCAAGGUGGUGAGAUUCAUCCAUUGACUCGGUAUGUAAUGAACUAUAUUAAAUUGCUUGUUGAUUAUAGUGAUACCCUGAACUCGCUUUUAGAAAACAGUGAGGAAGAAGAGGAUCAUUUGCAGAAUGGUGAUAAUGUGCAAUUAGGAAGCAUGACACCAAUAGGAUGUCGCUUGCAGUCGUUAAUUUCAUGUUUGGAGUCAAACCUUGAGGAAAAAUCCAAAUUGUAUGAGGACAUUGCAAUGCAAUAUGUGUUCUUGAUGAAUAAUAUACUUUACAUAGUACAGAAAGUGAAGGACUCUGAGCUUGGUAAGCUUUUGGGGGAUCCUUGGGUUCGUAAGCGUCGUGGCCAGAUACGCCAAUAUGCGACAAGUUAUCUCAGGGCUUCUUGGGUCAAGGUCUUGUCCUGUUUGAAGGAUGAGGGGAUUGGGGGUAGCUCGAGUAACGCAUCCAAGGUGGCUCUGAAGGAGAGGUUUAAGAAUUUCAAUGCAAGUUUUGAAGAUAUUUAUAGGAUCCAGACGGGUUGGAAGGUCCCAGAUCCUCAGCUUAGGGAAGAGCUCAGAAUAUCUAUUUCAGAAAAAGUGAUUCCGGCAUACCGUUCGUUUAUGGGGAGGUUUGGGAAUCAGCUAGAGAGUGGAAGGCAUGCUGGGAAAUACAUAAAGUAUUCACCGGAGGAUUUGGAGAACUAUUUGUUGGAUUUAUUUGAAGGAACUCCCAAUGUUCUGCACCACCUGAGAAGAAGAAGUUCAUAGGGCACAUGACUUCUGCAACAGGUAAGAUCCCUGCUCUCAUCAAGGACUACUUCGAAACAGCUUAGCUAAACACCUGCUAAAUCAAGCUUGAUGAUAUGCUCUAUGAGUCUAUGUUUUGUUGGUGUUAAUUUUAUAAUCACAGGAAUUUUUUGGGAGAAUUUAGUCAUACACUCUUCAAUGUACUGUAAUAAUCUUGUACAUGUCAAAUAGAUUCUGUAUGUGUGGAACUUUUCAUGGUUCAUGUACUAUGAAUCGCAAUUUAGAGUUUGUGGCCAUGAUUUUGUUAAA